GUUUUUACCCUCGGGGUAAGCUCCAAAGCGCAAAGCAGCUGCUGCGGAAAGGCAGCUGCCGCUUGGUUCUGAGUUUUCGAGUACCACGCACAUAGCUCCCACACGCGCCCGAGAUGUUGAACGAGAGGCCACCACCGAUGUGUUACAAAAAGAAAGAAAUCACCGCUGGAUACGCAUGCCGGUACCUGCUGUGGUUGAUCGCGAGUAGCUAUUACCACACGGCACAACGGACGACGCGCCUCGACAUCCGAAAGCAAUGGGCAAACUCAAAGUGCAUUGUCGGCGAUCGGUCGUAAGCACCCAGCAUCCGUCUCUGCGAGAGACACCAAGAGUAGCCGGCUUUACGAUAGACCUUCUUGCGUAACGAGCCAGCGUCGCGACGUAAACACGGUGUGGCACUCUCUUCUUGCGGGCGCACAUACGCCGUCAACCAUACUAAACAACACGGUGCGUCCGAGGUUGCCGCGCCUUGCAGGGGGUGUAAUGGCACUGGAUAUACCAAUCACGGACUGCCUUGAAGCUAUUUUCAGCUGCGAAACGAGGUCAUGACGCGGCCGCCUCCUAUCGCGCCCAUGGGCCCGGAGGCGUGGGCGCACACCCCAGCGCACGCGACGCGGCGAGAGCUGCAGGACGCGCGGUGGGAAGAGAACCGCGCAAUGGCCGCGACGCUAGCGCACAAGAAAAGGACCCCCGCGGUCGCGCGCGGACACAAAUACGUCCUGUCGGGGCUCAUGCACCCACGUCGGGGCGACAGAGACAGUCGAUCACCACGAGCGACGGCUGUCGAGAGUGGGACGCCGGCCAAGCGGCGGACGCGGUCCGCGCUUCUGGACGAGCGCCGAGCUGCGCAGGUCGAGGCGAGCGCUGCGUUGGCACCCGAGACUGUCGUGGCACCGCUCCCGGCAAGUGCGUGGUGGAAGAAUGAGCCUGGCUAUGUCGAGAGCCCGCCGGCGCGACCGAAGCGGGACGUGGCCAGUGCGCCAGCGACGCGGUGCAUCACGCUCGCCGAGGUCACGGAAAGGCGCGGGAAGAAGACUCAGGUGUCGGGCAAAAUCACGCGCGAACGGUUCCGGCCGGCCACCGCGGGCAGCCGUCAGCCACAGCUGGAGCGCUGGACCGACGCGGUCUUUCACUUUUCGCUGCCUCAGCAGACAGAGAACCAGGUCCUCAUGGAAAAGUACGACAUGGCCUUCAAGCUGCCCCUCGACAGCUCCUUCACGACAGACAAGAUCUUCCACGAGGAGCUCAUCAAAGGCGGCAUCAAGCGCGCCGUGCACGUCGAAACCGUACGCGUACCUUGACACCGCGAGUUUGGCCAUCGCGUGGCUUUAGGUCGACCUCGCCGACAUUGACAAGUCGGGCAAAGCAACGCGGAAGCGCAUGGCCGAGAGCCGACGGCUGCGAGAGAGUCUGAAUGCGUACAAGGCCACGACGGGUAUCUCGUGCUUGCACAAACGAGAAUACGAUACUAUGGCGCAGGGUUUGUGGACGAGCCGACGCCGGUCGUCGAGGAGCUACGCGGACGCGCCAAGUCGGUGCGCUUCGAGGAGCCGCUGGACGACAAGGCACGGUUGCGCAUGGUCCGCGACGCGCGGCGCGUGCGUUCAGGGGGCUUUGACAUGGUCACGCAGCUCGAGAAGCUGCACGUGUAUCCGUGAUGCUGUCGACGAGAUUGCUGUACAGUAGAAGAAGAUCUUUAUUGGUUGUUUUCGAUCCAGUGCUGGGCCCAAGCCAUGACGCGGGCGACGUUGGA